AUGGGUUGUCUCUGCCCAUCGAUGAGGCGUCACCGUCCUCUUUCGCAUUCAUGCGCACUUGAACGCGACCCGGUUGCCGCUGCGUAUCGCCGUUUCACGACCUGCGCUCCGCAGCACCACAGACCGGACUUGAAGCGAAGACUCUUGGGAGUGGUUCAUCAAAUGCAGAAGGAGCUCGAUAAGGCCGUUCGGAGCGCUAAGAACGCCAUCUCUACGGCCAAAAAGCAGUACAUCGUGUAUGCGUUACGGGACACUGUAAAGCUGUUUCGGAAGCAAAGGACUGCCUCGGCGGAGCGCGAGUUUGUCAAAAAGCAGCUCGCUCAGAUUCGGGACCUAUCUCGACAAGAAGAUCGUUACUUCCGCCGACGCAACGUUGCAAAACUCGUGUUUUUCUACCUAAAUGGCUAUGGUGUCGAUUUCGGUAUCAUGGAGUGCGUCAAACUCUGUGCCAGUCCCAAGUUCAAAGACAAACGCAUUGGGUACAUGGCGCUGCAGGUACUGCUCGACGAACAAUCUGAAGUUCUUCUUCUCGUAGUGAACGUUUUGAAACAGGAUCUCCAGAGCGACAACCACCAGAUUGUGGCUCUCGCGUUACACGUAGUGGCGAACCUGGCUUCAGCGGAGAUCGGUCAGGACCUCGCUCCCGACGUGGAACGUCUCCUGCACUCGCGGAACCCUUUUAUACGGAAGAAAGCAGCGCUUGCGGCGCUCCGUUUAUGUCGACGUACUCCAGAACCAGCGGACUCGUUUCGAGCUGCCGCCCUGGAGCUGUUGAAGAUGCCACACCACCACGGUGUCUUGAUUAGCGGUCUGGCGCUGCUCGAGGAGCUGCUGACGGUAGCGCCGGGUGCCCUGUAUGGGAUGCUAGCCAACGAGUAUCAGGCAUUGUUGGUGCAGCAGCUUCGAGAAACCGCAACAGCUGGCUUCAAUCCAGAAUACGGAUUCCAGGGUGUCUGCGAUCCAUUUCUCCAGUGCAGCAUCUUGAAGAUGCUUCGACGACUGGGGCAGCACGAUUCGGCGGCGACAGAGGAGCUUCACCGAACACUUAUCGAUGUUGCGCGCUCAAGUGAACGCUCUCAUGGAGUUGUCCUCGAAUGUGUUCGCACGAUUUUGGCGCUAGAGAGCUCGCCUUCGAGAAACCUGGCUUUCGCGAUUCAGAUACUCGGUGACUUUCUACGUAGCCGUGACCCGAACUUGCGCCUUGUUGCGCUAGAACUGCUCCCACAGGCUGCAGAGCGGAGCAUGGCGAGUGUUGCCGCCCACCAGGAGACGAUUUUCGAGUGCCUUCGUGAUGCGGACCCGACCAUUCAGCGACGCGCCUUGAGUCUCCUGUUUGCGAUAGGCACUGCAGCGUCGCUUCAGCGAUUCUGCAAGGAGUUGGUAUCCUACCUACAGAGCGUGCGGGAAGCACUGCACCGUUACGAGAUUCUUCAGCGUUUGUGGUUGCUCCUCGAGGAGACAGAGCCGGACGUGUACCGAAGACUUGACCUUUUCGUAGAGGUAGCUCAGACGCUACCGACCGGCGAUGAUGACAUCGACGACGACGCCUUCAGGGGCGGUGCUGGCGAUCCCGGUAGUGGUGCUAGUGGUGAUCAGCGCAACCGCAUCUACGAACCUCGCGUCGGUGGCGGCUCCGAUGUUGCUGGUGAUGCGUACGCCGGCCCAGGGCUCUCGGUAGUGCAAGAGAUCGAAGCGGAGCUCGCUGACGAGGUAGUCACGGCGAUGUUGGCGAACCCUGAAGCUGGUAUGGCUAUCUUUUACCGAUUAAUGGAUAUUGUUUUAGAGCAAAUUGCGCGGAGACGUUCGGCUGUGACCCUGCUCAUGCAUAUUGGACUUGCGUUUGCUGCUGAGCACGACAUUCCGCAUAGCGCUCGCCCUCGUACAUACGCAAAAGACGCGGAUGCGAGCGCCCAGAUAGGACAAGCAUCUAAGCGUGAACGGGGUACGUCAAAAGCUCCACGUGCAACGAAUGCGGCGAUAGAACAAGCACCUGAUUUCGAACUCGGAACGUCAAAAGCUCCGACUGCAACGAGUGCGGCAGUUUUAUCCGAACGCGCUGGUGAAGACAGCGAAGCCGCAGAAAAUGGUGUUUCAUCUGUGAACAGCGCGGAUAUCCCGUCAGCCGCAGAGGAUAGUCUCAAUUGGAAACUAGCGGAACUGGUGCUUCAUCUACCUGGUGAUCGGGAUCUGUCUCUUCGUCAACGGCAAAGACCGGCGUAUCUGCACCGGACAUCAACCCUGGGGCGUUUAGCCGUAGAUGUGCUCUUUCGCACAGCCUUGCGGACGCGGCUCAAGACGAGUGAAGUGUUUGGUGCAUGCGCUCGACUCCUCUCCGAGCAAUCAAAAGCUUUGAGCCUAGACGUGCAACAGCGAGCUCGAGAAUACCUGGUGGUUUUGGAGAACGCUCCGUCUGAGACCUUUGAACAGCUCGAGUCUGCAUUCUCGCUACCAGAUUCAUCAAGUUUGCUCGCCUGGCGGCGACAGGGUGCAGCGCGCUCUCGAAUCGUGAGCAUUCGAUUCCUCGGCUCGCAGCAUCGCUCACGGAUGAACGCCGGAGCCGCACAACUCAUUUCCUUUGAUGACGAGGAGGAAAGCGCGGAAACGUCCGGUUCACGAGCACCGGACGAGCAACCAGCCGUGCAGGCACCACGCCAGCGCACUCUGCUGGCCGAUGCCGUACCGGUUGCAGUUUCGAGCGAAUCCACCAACGAAAACGACAGCAGAGCGGCGUGGCAUCUCGAUAUCCUGGAAAGCGUCCUGGAUCAAGUGAAUUCGAGCGAGGAAGCGUCAGCCGGGUCAGCGUCCGCGAGUCGCGUCAUCUACGACGACGAAAAGCUCCGCAUACAGAUCCAACGCACCAGCUCGGAGACUGUCGAUGGACAACAGCGACAGGUAUACCAUCUGGAAGCCCAGUUCAUGAACAAGAGUCCGCGGACCUUUACGGAAUUUUUAUUCCAAAUAUCGGUACCGAACUAUAUUCUGCUCGAAAUGAUGCCAGCUACGUCGGGGAGCCUGCCCCCGUCGACACAACCUCAGCGGGUAACGCAGCGGUUUCGACUGCACAAGGAUGGGCAUGACACACGUCCAUUGACGUUCCGCUUCCGCUUUACGUAUGUGGAUCCUUCGGGUCAGCGGAUUGUGCGUCAAGGUCUCGUGGGUGACGUACUUGACGCGUUGGAUUCUUAG